AUGCUGCGUGUCCGAGUCCGCCAAUUCGGAGAUGCCUUCGUUGUGCCCUUUUCGGAACCCACAACUACGGGCAGCUCUAUAACCCUAAUCAACCAUCGUACUCGCCUUGACUGGAUUUACAUUUGGUGCCUGGGCAGCUUCCCACACUAUGUGAAAAUUGUGCUCAAAGCGGAGCUGGGAAAACUGCCAGGUAUCCUCAUGUUCCCGGAGGGCACUAACCUCUGCCCGGAGAGCAUUGUUAGCAGUGAUUCCUACGCUAAGAAGACAGGACGCCCUUUGCUGCGCUAUACCCUGCACCCCCGUCUCACAGGUUUUCAGCAUUUUGUCAAGAACAUUGGUUCGCGUACGUGUUUUUUGAGCUUCUCUUAA